AUGCCAUUCUACGACCGUUUAUUCGUUGAAUCUGACAAAACCGAUGCAGUUCUGAUAAUUGGAAAGAUUGAGAAUGAGUCUGAGGAGCCAAUGAAAAAAGUUCCAAAACUGGAAACAGUCAAAAGAUUCUAUGUUAACAAGGCGCUUCUCUCCUACCAUUCCGUCUACUUCAAAGAGCUUUUCGAGGACGAAAGAUCUCCGCCAGAGUAUCUUAUCGAAAAUGUGGAAGUCAGCGAGUUCGCCGGUGUCUUGAGUUUAAUACAUAAUAAACCCAUGUUGAGACUGUAUUACAAAGCUGAAAACCUCGUAGAACUCGCCGAUCGAUUCCAGCUUCCCGCCGCGAAACGCCAUCUGGAGCUGUUCAUAAUGAUGGACACCGAAAUCGAUAAAAAUCGAAAAAUUCUAGUCGCCGACAAGUAUAAACUGAGCGAACUUCUGAAAAUGUCUCUGGAUCUUUUCCGAACUGAAAACGAUUAUAGACGAUACUGCGACUAUUCGAAAAGUUAUCCAGUGAACUUCAAACUUUUCUAUGAUAUCUCGAAUGAGACAAAUGUGAAAUUAUUUCAUAAAUUGAUUGAUAUUCUGUGUUGCCCCUGUCGAAGAACAUGUGAAAUAGAAGAAAAUCGAGACGAAUCUGUUGAAAUUAUCGAUUACGAAACGUUAUUCGCACAAUCGGAGAAAACUGAUACGGUUCUGGUUGUCGACGGAAAAAAGAUGCAUGUUAACAAAGCGAUUCUCUCCUACUAUUCCGACUAUUUCAACACCCUUUUCAAUUCGGAUUUCAAAGAAAAAUCGAUGCAAGAAAUUCCAAUUAAACAGGUGAAAUUCGAGCAUUUCGCCACGUUGUUGAGUCUCGUUUUGGAGAAUCCAAUUGUACCAUCAGAAAGAAACGCCGAGAAGUUACUAGUACUCAGCGAACGAUUCCUGAUGCCUGUUGCGAAACGUCGCCUGGAACUUUUCAUAAUUUCGAGUUCUAAAAACCGCUUGCAAAAGGUUCGAAUCGCUGAAAAGUUCAAAUUGGAGGACCUGAUGGACAAAUCAAUAAGCCUGUUUAUCGAUCGGGAUGAUUUUGGAGAUUUAUUGAAUCGACAAAUCUAUAGAGACUUCUCCGAUGAUACCAAAUACAUGCCUGCUGCAAUCACCGGGAAAUUUGCGAGUUUUGAUCAAUCUGAUGUCGUUUUUCUUAUCGGAAGACAUAGAUUAUAUGGAAAGAAAGAUCUCCUGACCUACCAUUCCACCUAUUUCAAAGAUCUAUUCCAAACAAAUCUCGAUUCGAAAAAAUCUCCAUCAGAAUUUCGAAUCGAUAAUGUCAAAUUCGAUGAAUUCUCCACACUGAUCAGUCUAGUUCAAACGAAUCCUUUGAAAAUCACCGAGAAAAACGCUGAAAACCUGCUGCAACUCGCCGAUCGCUUCGACCUACCGAGUGCUAAAUGCCACGUGGAAUUAUUUUUGAUCACAAGCGAAAAAAAAUCGAUUCGAGAAGCUUCGAAUCGCUGA